AAGAUUUUUUUUUAAGGUUUGGCAGUAUCAUGAUGCAAACCCACAGGUGCUCUGACCCUUUAGCUCAAGCACAUCUACUGUUGGGCAGCAUGUGACUGUAUUUCCUCAUGAUAAUUGAGUUAUUCCUGUUUGGUCCCAUACCUUGCAACCACCACCAAUCAUAGUCAGCUGUCCACUUAUGAUAAGCCAUCACCAAGAACUCUGAGGUUGUUUGAGUCUCAACUGAGCGGGUACAUUCUUUCAUUUUGUUGACAUCAGUGUAUCUGUAUUUAUUUCCUUGUGUCUGUGAACACAUAAAUGCUGCACACCGGAGCAGCUUUGUCAUUGUAGUUUGCUGUUCAUGUAAAAACAUGGGAAUUUAUUGUUUUCUUUUUUGUGUGGUUUUCUCUCUUUUCAGUCCAGUUUUCUCAGAUGAUGAUUAUGCACAAUUCAAAGCAUGUUGUACAUUCAAGGGUCCAGACUUUGAAGAUAUAGAGUAUAUUGUUACGAAUCACUAUAACAAGAAAUUGAUGAUGGAGUACAACAGCACAAGAGGCAACUGGACAGGAUUUACAGCCUAUGCUUUACUUAAAGCAGAAACUUUUAAUGGUGAUCUAUAUGAUGGACUACUGAGGGCAUUUGAAAAGAAGAUACUGUGUAUAGACAACCGCAAGCUUGUCCAAACAGGAGUUAAUCGUGCAGCUGUUACACCCACUGUCAAGCUGAAUUCAGUGAAGCAGCCUGGUGGUGGACACCCUGCCAUUCUUGUGUGCAGUGCCUAUAACUUUUAUCCCAAACAAAUCCAAGUGACAUGGUUGCGGAAUGGGCAGGAAGUGACCUCAGCUGUCAGUUCCUCUGAUGCAAUGCCUGAUGGGGAUUGGUACUACCAGAUUCAUUCUUACCUGGAGUACACCCCAACUCCAGGAGAAACAAUUACCUGCAUGGUCCAACACCUCACUCUCUCUGAGCCAAUGCUUCAGGUCUGGGAUCCGUUCCUUCUCGCGGCAGAACAGAUUAAAAUUGUUGUGGGUCUGUGUGGACUGAUACUUGGUGUUGUUAUUGUAAGCUCUGGAUUCAUCUACUACAAGAAAAAGUCUGCCACAUACAUUACUCCCUGCCAAGGAGGAGUGUGGUUUCCUGUGGAAGAACUUCCUGCAGCUGGAGCAACUUAAAAGUCUGAACAAACACCAGUAUUUGUGGCACGUACCAUCCAUGAUGGUCUGAAUAUGGCAUUCAGUAGAACUGUGUCGACACAGUUCUACUGAAUGAUGUCUGAAGGUGCUGUGUGGUGCUUUUCAGCUUGUGCAUGAAAUUCAGUGGCCAGUGAACUGCAGUUUUCUGGAGGCAUUGUAUGCUAGCAGCAAGAACCUUUCAUUGUAUUGUAUAUGUAUGGGGUGAUGGGUGGUUAGCCAGUGAAAGCUGAACAUGACUGUUCAGGUUGACUCUCAUGAUUUUUCCUUAUGGCACAUGGCACUUCUGAGAAGAUAUCUGAAGUGCUGGAGAAUAGGAAGGAUAAUGGAGGAACAAAAGGAGAGCUGUAUUACUUUGAAUACUAGCAAAUUAACAUGAAUACUAUCAUAUAAUAAAGCAUUUGGUGAAAUCUA